UAUUAUUAUUACAUUAAAAAAAAUUGUUUGCUCUUCUAUAUUGGCCAAUACAUAAAUCCAUUAAGAUUGGUUGCACACUUGCACCACACAUGGCACAACUCACUAAACUACCUUUCCAUAAGGGCAUUUACUUAUCCACUCAUUCACCUCAAACUCAAAACUAUCCUUCGCAUUAGCCAAUAUGCAUUAUUUGUUGGUCAAUAUUUUCAUACUUCUACUAGCAUUAUCUUCAUCCUCAAAACUACCUAGUUCACUCUUUGUAGAAGCUAGACAUUAUUCUCCAAAAUCUUCCAAUGGCACCUUCACGGUACAUCUUAUCCAUCGCGAUUCGCCACACUCUCCCUACUACAACUCAUCCAUGACACCCCUACAACGCUUACAAAGAGCGCCUUUAGGCUCAAUCUCACACAGUCACAAUAUUCACCGGUACCAAUCCUCAUAUUUGAUCCCUAAUGGUGGAGAUUACCUCAUUAAAAUCGCGCUUGGCACACCAAAAGUCGAAAUUACAGCCGUGGCAGAUACUAGUAGCGACCUUAUAUGGGUCCAAUGUUCACCAUGUGACGAAUGCCUCCCUUCAAAAUCUCCACCUUUCAUACCUAAGAAAUCUUCGACGUAUCAUCCCAUUUCUUGUACGUCUCCUUCUUGCAAAUACCCACAUAUUAUUCAAGGUUGUCUUCCAAAUUACACCAACAAGAGCUCAUCAUCAUCAUCGCCGUGUUACUAUGAGGCACUAUAUGGAGAUGGCACACAAAGUGUCGGAAUCCUAGCCACCGAAACCAUUAGCUUACCCUCGCCUAACGAAGCUACCUCACCAAGUCACACGUCCAUAAAGUUUGGAUGUGGAUUUGACCAACGAGGCCAAGUUGGGGUCCAAGGAGAAGGGAUCUUCGGACUAGGAGCUGGCUCAUUGUCCCUAGUCUCGCAACUUGGUUCAUCCAUAAACUACAAAUUUUCCUACUGCUUGGCACCCCUAUCUUCUGGGGUGCCAAGCAAACUAACCUUUGGGGCUCAUGUAACGAGCUCCAAAGUCUUAACAAUACCCUUAGUAACAGGACUCCCAUCAACAUUCUACUAUAUUACACUCAAUGACAUUAGCAUUGGCAAUAAUGCCUCGGUCCCUGUGAACCAAGACAUAAUCAUCGACUCUGGUACCACUCUAACAUACUUGCCACAAACCAUCUAUGACAACAUCAAGACUGCUUUGAGCACCGCGAUCAAGCUUACUCCGGUGCCAGAUCCAUUACAAUUCUACGACCUUUGCUAUGAUGCACGAAGAUCAGGAUCGAGUGGAGGCCUUAACCCUCCUGAUGUGGUGUUUCAUUUCAAAGGGGCUGAUGUUGUGUUAAAGGGAAUUAACACCUUUAGGACACUAGAAGAUCAAGGUUUGAUUUGUUUAGCAAUGUCUACUACAGAAGGUACUCCUAUAUUAGGGAACAUUGCGCAAGUUAACUUUGAGGUUGGCUUUAAUUUACAUUCUAAAAAGGUUUCCUUUGCUCCAACUGAUUGUACCAAGCACUAGAUUUCUUUGAAUCAAAUUUUCAAUUUAACCAGCAAUCAUUAAUUUAUAACAUGCUUCUUUGGAAGUGUAAUACUUUUUUUGUUCUUUUUGAGUAAACUUUGUAUU